UGAAAACGCCGUGUGGGUUCUAAAACGUUUUCGCCCUGGUGUAUUUUCAUCCUUGUGAGUAUUAUCUGUAGAAAGCAUUUGUGAAGUGGCCAGAUACGCUUUGAAUUAUUACUUUGAGCUGGUUAGGAAGCUGGAACACUUUCCCAUGAGCGGCCACACGUGCUAGUUGUUUGUGUUUAGCACACCAUGCAUGCUACAGCAGGGUCAGCUGGUUUUAUCUAAAGUUUCAGCAACAUCAGUAUGGUGAAUACGUGUGUUUGUGCAGGACGUACAAAUGCAUAUCUCUCCGGACAUCGUGUCCACGUUUUCCCGAGCAAGAAGAGCCCUGCUUUCGGUUCCUGGGUGAGAUUUGUCCAGGCUAAACGCCAGGACUUCACUGCAGAAUCCUUUCAUCCCAGAAACUUUGGAAAUGGACUACGUGUCAAGUGACGAAUCCGACGAUUUUGGACCCACGCCCUUUCCCUAUCACUGACAAAGUGACAAAAGCUCAAAUAUACCUUUUUGUGUCUCUGCCCAGUGACUGGCUCCCAGCUGUUAGCAUCGUAGUUAGCUUGGCUCAAUUGCUGGAGGUCAGUAGGAGUCAAAGCUGGACGGACGAAAGUGGACAAAAUACUCCUUACACCCAAGGGAUGGCGUAUUAGCACGAGAAGUAAAUCCGAAUGGUUAUAAAAAAAAUUAAAAUACGUGUUUUCUUUUCGACCCGUUAAUAUUGGUACACACAGACCUGCGCAUGCGCAGUACUCAGCAGAAGGAUAUACCAGCACACAGCUGUAGCAGCUGGAAGGAGCAGUAGCAUAUAAAAGUGUGCCCGGUGCGUUUUGCAAACCAGUGACUUUUUUGGUGAAAGGAAAAACAUCAUGCCUCGGAGAUGCCUUAUCCCAUCAUGCUUCAAUAUUCAAUCCAGACCUCGCGGGACAACGGUGAGUUUUCAUCGUUUUCCAGCCCGCAACCCGCAGCGCCUACGUAAUUGGAUGAUAGCUCUCUACCUGGACCCCGACACACCAUACCAUCGCGUGGAAAACCUGAUGAUUUGCUCAGCCCAUUUUGUAAAGGAGGAUUUUAUUGAAAAAACGGAGCACAGGACUGGUUCUAAAAGAUAUUUUCUCAACGAUGCAGCCGUCCCAUCUGUUGGCCUUCCCCGGCCACAAACAGUAAAGCCCGAGGCUCUGACAGAGAAAGCAGAGCAUCUUAAAGAUGUCAGUCCCAGGGUGGAAGGAGGAGCAGGAGGAAUAGUGAAGAGUGAGCCGGAGGAGGACCUGAGUGCACAGGACGGUGUUUCCAGGAUUCCAGUAUCCAGAGACAGAGAGAGCAAACCUGAGUCCGUCAUGUGCUCGGUGGUCGGUUGUGACUCGUACCGUCGGAGUGCGCAGCAGCUGAAGUUACCAGAGGACUCGGAAAGGAGGCUGGAGUGGGUCCAGUUUGUUCUACAAGUCAACGGGCAGCAGCUUAAAGAGUCCCGCUGGACUGAUAUCACCAUCUGCAGCGAACACUUUACAAAGGACUGUUUUGUAAAGGCGGAACCGGAGGCUGGCACAGUGCAGCUCAGGCCCGGUGCCGUCCCAUCACUGUACAUCAAAUCUGAACCAGACGAACCUGCGGAGAUCCCCGUACCUGUGCUCGGUCCUAGUGAGUUCACAUCCUUUGCCAUUAAAUCUGAAGAAGAUGAGCCUGUGAGGACCCCUGAACAUGUGCUCGGUCCUAGUGAGGUCACAUCCUUUUCCAUUAAAUCUGAAGAAGAUGAGCCUGUGAGGAACCCUGAACAUGUGCUCGGUCCUAGUGAGGUCACAUCCUUUGCCAUUAAAUCUGAAGAAGAUGAAACUGUGAGGAACCCUGAACAUGUGCUCGGUCCUAGUGAGUUCACAUCCUUUGCCAUUAAAUCUGAAGAAGAUGAACCUGUGAGGAACCCUGAACAUGUGGGAAUUCAUUCAGAACCUGUGAGAGAUGUGGUGGUGCGAAAGCCAACAACAGCUGGCAAGAGUGGUCUUCUGUCCACAUUGUACCAGGCUUAUGCAGGACCAUUUCCUGACCCUGAUCUGAUGGCGGCUGGACCCAAGCUACGUGAGGAGCAACCCCAGCCCCUCAUUACUCUUGUAUUGGAUGACUGGUCUGAAAUAGAGCUGGUUCCAUCUAAAUUUGGCCCUGUCCCACGUGGAUGCCCCAUGUCUUACCUUUGUCCACCUGAAUCAUGAAGCACGUGUUAGGAAGUAGGUUCUCUGUUAAGUGGCUGUAUGUGUGUGUUCCCGUGGUGGACAUAAAAGGUUAAACGUCUGCUGCGCCUCGUUAUUUAAAAUACACCACAAUGAUUAUUUUUAUUAUUUUGAUAUUAAUUACACAGCUCAUUUGAUAUUUCAUUCGUUAAAUGAAUUAUUCAGAACAGGGCCUUGGCCAUGG